AUUAUAAUACCACUUCGUAUCAUCAUCGAUCGUCAUCUAGAAGAGCUACUGCACUUAUAAAAACCCACACUUACCCUCUCUAAUUGUAUCGAUUAUCAUCCCUCUUAUCCUCUGCCUCCAAAUAAUUUCAGCACUUCGAUAUCAUGGCUCUGCUUUCGGAUCUCAUCAACCUCGACCUCUCUAGCAUCACCGAUAAGAUUAUCGCCGAGUAUAUAUGGAUCGGUGGAUCGGGUAUGGAUCUUAGAAGCAAAGCAAGAACACUUUCAGGGCCUGUGUCGGAUCCCAGUGAGCUUCCGAAGUGGAACUACGAUGGCUCUAGCACAGGGCAAGCUCCGGGAGAAGACAGUGAAGUCAUCAUAUACCCUCAAGCAAUCUUCAAAGAUCCAUUCAGGAGAGGCAACCAUAUCUUGGUGAUGUGUGAUGCUUACACUCCCGCCGGCGAACCAAUCCCCACCAACAAGAGGGCCUCCGCCUCCAAAAUCUUCAGCAACCCAGAAGUCGAAAAGGAGGUUACAUGGUACGGAAUUGAGCAAGAAUACACCUUGUUGCAGAAGGACACCAAUUGGCCAUUGGGUUGGCCUCUAGGUGGUUUCCCUGGUCCACAGGGCCCAUACUACUGUGGAAUUGGUGCUGACAAAGCUUUUGGACGUGAUAUUGUCGAUGCACACUACAAAGCUUGUCUUUAUGCUGGCGUCAACAUUAGUGGCAUCAAUGGCGAAGUUAUGCCUGGACAAUGGGAAUUUCAAGUAGGACCUUCCGUAGGCAUCGCUGCAGCUGAUCAAAUCUGGGUCGCUCGUUACAUUCUUGAGAGGAUCACUGAGAUUUAUGGGGUGGUGGUUUCAUUUGACCCCAAGCCUAUUCCGGGUGACUGGAAUGGAGCUGGUGCUCACACAAAUUACAGUACAAAAUCCAUGAGAGAAGAGGGAGGAUAUGAGGUAAUCAAGAAAGCUAUUGAGAAGUUGGGAUUGAGGCACAAAGAACACAUUGCUGCAUAUGGUGAAGGGAAUGAACGUAGGCUCACUGGUCGACAUGAAACAGCUGAUAUCAACACCUUUUUAUGGGGUGUUGCAAACCGUGGAGCUUCUAUUCGUGUUGGAAGAGACACUGAGAAAGAAGGGAAAGGGUACUUCGAGGACAGAAGGCCAGCUUCAAACAUGGAUCCAUAUGUGGUGACUUCCAUGAUUGCUGAGACUACCAUUCUGUGGAACAACAAAUCUUGAAAAGAGAUUGAAAAUUAUGAAGCCUGAUUGGGAGGGAGAUUUGAAAAAAUGAAUUUAGAAUUGGGAACAAACAACCCUUCUUGUUUAUUUUCUUGAAAAUUAGAUAUUGUUCUUGUUUUUUUGUGUUGCAUGUUGAUC